AUGCCUGAAAACCAGCAGGGCCCAAAAGGAGCAUACCCUUGGGGAACCAGCAACUCAAAUGCAGAAACUGGUAACCCAUGUGAGCACCCCAUCAGCAGACAAGGUCAGAAAUCAGAGAUCUCUAUGAUUUGCGAGGCAGAACAGCCAACUACAUGUGCAUUUGAUACCAUACUCCUGGUGCGCCUGACUUCUCAGCUGUUCAGGGCUGUUUCCUGGGCAGGCUGCAGUCUGCCCUGGCCUGUCUCUGGAGUGCUGGGCAGCCAUGCCUGCAGGCCCCAUUACAGCACACAGCCAACUGGCCCAGGUAGGGCUGCCUCACUCCCCGGCAAGGGGGCCCGGCUGGAGCUCGAGGAGAUGCUGGUCCCCAGGAAGAUGUCCAUCAGCCCCCUGAAGAGCUGGCUUACAGCCCGCUGCCUCCUGCCCAGACUGGAUGCCCAGACCCCAGGGACUGCGGCUCCAGCCCAAUUCUGUGAGUGUCUCCCUAGCCAGACGGGGGAAGGGGCCAAACAGGAGGAUGAGAAGGCCUGGGAUACACCUCAGAUUCAGCGCAAAAACGUGCUGAAGACCCGCCGGCGGAAGAUGAACCACCACAAACACCGGAAGCGGUGAGGCCGCGUUCCUGCGGAACGGAAGUCAAUCAAGCUCAAGAGAGACCCGAGGAGCAUCUGGGUGAAGGCGGGUCUGAAGGAAACCCCCGGAGGCUGGUAGACCCCCAAGAUCUACCUGAGGGGCAGGUGA